AUGUUUACGGUUUUGGCUAGGCUGAGUUCGAGGUUAGUUGUGCGCGACUCUGUGAUUGGUGCUAUACCUGCGGGCGCUUGCACCGCAGCACUAGAGGCGACGCUGAAAGUGGCGGAGUCGAUCAGGCUGAAUCUACAACACAUUCUUAUCAACGGACUCUUCCCCAUCUCAUACAACCUUCAUAGUCGAGCGGCACAAGAUCACUCACUCGCCAUUCUUCCAGCCCUAUCGAAUGGAACACAAGCGCCCACCAAGAUGUCGAAUCCAUCAACGUCGAACGCGUUGGUGCCUUCCAGCCAAGGCUCCUCAGCCUUCUCCCAACAAGGAAGCCUGGAUUGGGUCGCACUCGGGAAAAUGCAAUAUUCCGCCUCUAUCGCGGUACUGAGUCGCCUGGCGAAAGCGGGCAUUGACACUCUGACUGUCGCCUUCGGGCAGGCUAUGUGCGUCAGGCUACCUAUCGGUGCGCACGGCGAAAAGAUUCUCGCUGAAUCCAUGAAAACACUCACUGCGAAAUCUGUCGCUGGAGAUCUGAUAUGGUUCGGUGUUGGCGUUCGACAUAUCCUUCGUGAACUAGUGCAGACGUCGCAAGGAUGCUCACUUGUUGCACUCUGCGCAGCCCUCACCGAGAGUCACUCGAUAUCGGUCUCCGCGCUCGUGCUUUACGAGAUUGCGAGAGAGUGCGGAGGGUCACAGGAACUUGCACCUUCACUCGAACAGUGGGAGGCUUUGGUCCGCGUCGCAUCACCGGUCUUCAACGCAACAACUUUUGGGAUACGCAUCCAUCAGAUUUCCAGAUUGGGCAUGCCCGUCAAUGGACUGGCUUCGCGGCCCGAGGUUUCCCACCCUUCUGACCUCGCUAAAGCAUUGCUAUCAAUCGGUCAAAUUGUCCACGGAAGCCUGCGGAGCGUUUCUAUUCAUGGGGGCUAUAGCAGCAGCUGGAUCGCUGCAUGGGCCGAUUUUGUCCUCGGUCUACGAGUGCUCGUCCGAGACACGCAUGGAAUCCCAGUAUACGCCAACUAUGAUACCAGUGAAUCAUUCGCUCAAGUUAAUAUCGACUUCUUUGAAGAUGGAGACAACAAAGCCCUGGUUUGCGUGGAAUCCAGUCACAUCGUUCGAAGCGGAAGGGAGUUCAUUCGGCAAUGCUUCGGCCCUCAAAGACGCGUAGACUCCAUGGACUCAGACGUUACGUUCUGUGCCGGCAGACUGCAUUGGGAAACGAUGCUAUCCGACACAUUUGGAGACGCUUUCACGUCGUUAAUGCAACGGACGGACGAUGAGACCUCAAUAGCACCGCCUCCAGCCAUGGCGAAAUUCAGGUUCAUCUUCAUAGCCGAACAGCCGAUGACCAGGAAUCAGAUCUUUACUCGCAUGUUGGCCAUCUCAGCGAUAGUGUUUGUGGCUAAAGGCGUUACGACUAUGCACUACGGAACUGCUCGCCACUAUCUCCUGCGAGCAUGCGACACCAUCCCUGAGCUACGGCAAUGCAAGGAAGAGGUUCUGUUAGCGGUCAGAGACCUCUCAACAGCUGCUAAGAUUGAGGACUCUUGGCUAGAUCACCGCACGACUUUGAACCACCUUCCAAAGAUACUAGGAUUGACUCGAGACUACGAGCUGUUGGUGGCGCAUCUGCAGAAUCUUUGUCCGUGCGACAACCAUGAAGGACACUCGCGGCAAUUCUGCCUUCUACGGCUCGCAGACACCAUUAUAUACAUGACUUUCCUAUUCGAUUGCGCGGUUUUGGAUACCCCUCUUAAGCCAACAGUAUAUGGCCUCCACUAUCUGUACGAUGGGGCGGUAUCUAUUGCCAACGCCACGGCAGGGAUGUUCGAAAGCCGAACCGCAUUUCGAAUAGACGCGCCUCCGUCGUUGGCUCUUUUCACGUGUUUAAGUCGAUUCGCGGAAGGAGACUGCGCUAAAACGUUUGCCCCACUAGCUGCAGUCUUUUCGGCGGAAGAUUGGAAAAAGGACUCUCACGGAGACAUCGCGCAAAGUGACGGGAAACUCUACUGCUACAUUCAGCCCCUUGAAGAACUCACAGACAACAUCCAAACAGCAUCAAAAAUCCAUGUUGGAUCUGGUCCAAUCGAAUAUCGUGCGCGCAACUACCCCGCUCUGCAUGAUAAAAUUUGGGAAGACGAGUCGCGGCCGCUAUAUCCUACUCGACGAACGGAGCUUGUCGAUGACAUCAGCUACCUCAAGCAUGAUACAACUAUAAAUCCAAUCACGGUACAGCUCGUGAUUGAAGAAAAACCUCCGACUCUUGGAUGGAGAAGGGCAGGCAAAAGACCCAGGGGAAUUCGCCAGGCCCAAUCAUAUGCUGCGGCCGCUGAGGGGGAACGUUCUGGGGAGAUGCGUAGCAAUCGCGACAACGGCGGCUCUGAUGGCCCUGGUGAAGACAGAUGA